UGGCCAACGUGGAAGAUCCGGUGGACCGCUACUGAACGUGAUCAGGGCCGCCGUCCAGGACUUCUUCCCUCGUCUUAUUUCCACUACCUUGUUUGUCCUUGUCCUUCACCCACUUGGCCGAACAUCGUGGGAUCUUUUCUAUAUUGCCCUUCUUAUAUCUAAGCAAGCCCUAGUACCCAACAGACGGAUCGAUCCCAUUUCUUGCAGCAGUCCCAGUUCAAGCUCAGACUGUGCAUCUCCAUCAUUGUCUUGAAGUGGCAUCCAGGGGUUAACGUUGUUCUUUAACAACCGGAAGAUAUUUUCGGAGAACCUUACGCCACGUCCUGUCUUCCGUUUAUUGGCGCUCUUUGUUCGAAAUUUAGGGCUCAGGAGAUUCUAGUGUUGACGGGAAGUAUCAUUAAGCCGUCCCAUCUACCUAACCCCGGCUAUCUCAAUAUCAGUGAUUAGAUACAUCGGAUUUGGGUUGCUGUUCUUUGUUCGACUGAGUCGCUUCGCUAUUAUAUGGAGUAAGGAAGUUUUAUCUCUCCAAUACCAUGUCAGUCAGUGGACCUUGUAUCUGGUUGUCCUCUUUGCCACCCCCGUCUAGUUCUCAUUUGACUGCGAUUACGAAUUCUUGGUCCACACCUUCUUGGAACGUUGAACAGGCUACAUCAAGGACAAAGGCAGUCUCCCCUGAGUUACCCAGAUCGUUGGAGAAAGAAAGCGACUCAGCAAAGACUCCUGCCGACAUGCAGUCUGCCGUGAUUAAGGCUGAAAAUGCCUUCGCCGCCGGAGCGCCCGUGGGUCCGUCAAAUUCGGUUCGAUAUUCCGGGGUAGAAAUGCCCUCGGAAGCCUCGGGGAAUCGGAAUGUGCAGGCUGAUGGUGACGUUUCGUUGUCCCGAAUGAAACUCGAAAGACUGAACCAUAGUGAACCACUUCUCUCUAUUCCUCGAGGGGGGUCUAGCCCUCAAGGCCCAAGAGAGUUGACACCAGAAGCAAGAACAGGAGAUCAAGAGGAACAACACGAUCACGAGAAGGACAAUGUGGAAGCAGGAGCUUCUUCGGACGAUGGAACAGGGUCGCCGAGAACAGCAUUGGACCCCAAGACAGAGAAGAAGAAGAUGAAAAGAUUCCGACUCACACAUAAUCAAACCCGCUUCUUGAUGAGUGAGUUCACUCGUCAAGCACACCCCGACGCUGCGCACCGAGAACGAUUGUCUAGAGAGAUACCUGGGUUGACACCGCGGCAAGUUCAGGUUUGGUUUCAGAACAGACGAGCUAAGCUCAAGCGGCUUACUAGCAAUGAUCGGGAGCGGAUGUUGAAAUCUAGGGCACUGCCGGAAGAUUUUGAUACUACUCAAGUGCUAAGGACUCCUUUCGACAACAAGACUGCGUCAGAAACACCGAUGCUCCUGACGGACGGACUACAACGGCUCAAUGACGACGACUAUGUGAUCUCCCCACUAAGCUCAGCCUCGACAACAACAGGGAGUGGCUUCCCCUCUACUGCUGCUGAUCGGAAUUUGGAGGGCUAUAUGCCAAAUGGCACAUUAGCAAGUCGGGCUGCGCCAACACCUGUACCCGAUCUACAGAGGCACAACCGUAGUGCCUUCCCAUUCUCAAGAUCCAGCAGUUUUUCCGAGCCGUCCUUCAACCCAAGCCUGCACUUUCCCGGCCGAUAUUCUCGACCAGGAGAGCCGGUCAGCCACCCUGGUAUGCCAUACGGUCGGCGACCAGUGGAUUACGGGAUCAACCGGCCAAGUAAUAGUAUGGUUGUUGGAUACGAUGGCCAUCGGCAGUUGGAAGGUUCCGUCUCACCAACCGGACAAACGGAUCAACCGAUUGCAUAUGGUAUGGACGGUCAUAGUCAGCAAUUACAUAACUACCAACAUUCGCUCACGAUGCCUACCUCGAAAGCAUUUGGCGGGCUCGACUUGAACUCCCAUAUGCAACCGCACGGAAGACACAUGCCUGCACUGCAGUCGAUACCGGUUUCAGAAGCGUCAGACUAUCGACACUAUUCAUACAGUCACCAUCCAUAUAGCAUGAGCACUGCUAUGCCAUACACCCAAGCCAAUGCAUCCAGUAUGAGCCUUCCUGCAUCGUUUCCCUCCGACACAGGUAGUGCGUCACAUGGAUCUGUUGGCGGCUCCACUGAAGACCGAAUCAAUAAUCCGCCGCAAGUCUUGGACCCCUUGAGAACCAAAUUUAGCAACCAACCAUUCGAGUACUCCAACUAUCUCUAACGCCAGAGCCUAUUGACGGCAGUUUUACUCCCUACUCUACUCCUGCUGGUCUUGACUUACUUUUAAUCAGUCCCUCACCCCUGGUUUAUAUCAUCUUCCUGGGCGGUUAAUGUUUUUUAUUCUUUUUUAUUUUUUAUCUGUCGCUAAUAUUGUGUGCUACUUGGCGUUUGAGUCUUCAUUCCAGUAUAUAUUCACUUAAUCAUCGUCUAGGCCUUUUAUUGAUGUUGUGUUUAUAAGGAGGGGGAAAAUUUCUGUUUGCAUAGGACUC